UUUACCACAACUUUGAAAUUCACUUUCAACAAGUGGACGAGAGAGGGAAGGUCGGUGUUCUUCCGAUUAGUCGUGCUUGUUAGAUCGUAUUGAUAAUCGCUUCAGUAAUAUCGAAGACCAAGGACGAUGUAUGUGUGUUUUAAUCUGUUUAUGUUAAGUAGCUAUGUUUUUUAAUGGCAAUCUGUACCUACAUUGCUCUUUAUCCGUAAACUAAAGGAAAGUAAAGCAAAGUUAGUUUGGAGUGUCUGCUACACGGCUGAGGAAGGCUGCCAAGCGGCGUGGGGCAAUAACCAUGCCCGAGCUUUCCAAGAUGAGGAAGCCCGAUGUCAAGGUUGUCAUUCUGGGUGACAUGAACGUUGGGAAGACCUCACUGCUCCACAGGUACAUGGAUAGGAAGUUUAAAGACACCAUGAGCACCGUCGGAGGGGCGUUUUUCCUCAAACAGUGGGGACCCUACAAUAUCUCAAUUUGGGACACUGCUGGUCGGGAGCAGUUCCACGGGCUGGGCUCCAUGUACUGCCGGGGCGCUGCUGCUGCCAUCCUCACCUACGAUGUGACCAACUGGCAGAGCCUGGCUGAGCUGGAGGAGCGCUUCCUGUCCCUCACCGACACAGCCAAUAAUGACUGCAUCUACGCCAUUGUGGGCAACAAGGCUGACCUCACAGACCCCCAGGCCCAGCUGCUAGCCAACCAGGAUGGCCUGACAGCGGACCAGAGAGUGGGGGACUGGGAGAGGACUGGGGAGCCCAGGGUGCCUUCUGCCUGUCCCACCCCUCCAGCCUCCCCCAUCUCCCUGUCAGGGGUGUCAGUCAACAAGCAGGUGAGCCGGGAGGACGCAGAGGCGUUGUAUGGGAGGAUCCUUAGAUACAAGGGUCUGGAAGAGACGAACAGCCUGCCUGCGGACAAGAUGUGCUUUGAGACUAGUGCCAAGACAGGCUACAACGUAGACGCUCUGUUUGAGACGUUGUUCGACAUGGUGCUGCCCUCCGUCCUCAAGAAGAGGACUGAGAGAGAGGGAUCGACCACUGUGGACCUGGAAGAGUGCAAAGGGACAGGAAAACGGGCUAGGGCCGCCUGCUGCUAGGGAUUAGGGGUAGGUGGGAUGGAUAAACUGUUUGGGGGUUUUAGACUGACCGUAAAGAGAGGAGUUCAUGUCAUCUCUAUAUUGGUCUCCCAGGACAUUCUGAGAAUUUUCAGCGGUGACUGUUUGAUAUACACACACACCUGCACACACAUUCUUUCAAUCAAGCUGUCAAUCAAAUUAAUAAUUAAAACAAGUAAUUUAAUUAUUCUUUCAAUGAGCCGGAAAGUACUAUAUUGGAGAGCUGGAGUAAGGCGUUCUUGGAUUUUAAACAUCUUCGAGAGGUUCUGUAUGGACUUGAGUUCAGGCCAGAACUUCUCUGUGUAGAGCAGGGUAGCGUUUUAUGUAAUUAAUCUUCUCGGCAGAGUGGUCACUAGCUGGCGCAGCCACAGUCAUAAAAUCUGAUUUUAAACUUAACCACACUGCUAACCAUAACCUUAAAUUAAGAGCAAAAAGCUAUUUUUUGUUUUCAUGAAUUUUUAUAAUAUUGCCCAUUUUGACUUUGCAGGUGGCCAAUUUAUUGGCUCUAGGGCAAAGAUGCAUGAAAUGUCAACCUGGAUAUGGGAAAUAGACUACUGGUACACAGUUCACCUGUUUUAUAAAUCAAUCAUUGCAUUUUUGUUAAUGUUUUGGAACGAGAAUGUCACUAACUUUGUUUCCAUCCACAGUUUUUAUGCAAGUAAAGAAGUCAUUCUGUAUCCCCCAAAAAAUCACCACUGUGAGGGAAACAGGACGUUUCGGUACAGUUUUAUAAAUGCCAACAGAUUUGUUCGUUUGACAUGGUGGUAUCUUUCUGUCGGCGAAAUUAAUUGCGCGAGAAAUGGAGUUGGAAAUGCCUUUAUGCGCAGAUCGAAGUAAACUUGGAGUCACGCGAUAUGAUGUGUGUGGUCCCCCAAUACGUCUCGGGAAAACGUAGUUUUAGGCUACAGAUAAAAUAAAUGAUGAUGAACCACAGGGUGGUGAAAGUCCAUGGUGAUGAGAGGGAUGGUCCUUUUCAAUAAAUAUCGAGUGUCUUAUUCUGGUGACCUGAUUAUCUAUGCUUGACUGCCGUUUGACCAAUAAAAAUAUCCAUAAUCUCA